UCUAGUCUGAGGAUUGCCUUAGCUUUGCUAUGUCACAAACUCAGCGUUACAACAAUGACCUAGCCGGCUGUCUCUGUUCUCUUCUGUCUUUGUGAAACUGUCAGUAGAUGGAGUGAGACUUAGAGUAGAUAUUGCUGUGUCGUUGUGUAUCCAUUCUCAGACCGGUCUACAAACUUGUAGUGGUCACUCAAUCACGGCUACUGCUGCUGCUGCCCAACCAUCGACGUCCAUUAGCCGUACUAAUAUAGCGGAUGUCCGGGUUGGCAGUGUGGCAGACCAGACAGACACCGUGCGGAUAAAGAUGAAGACAGCCGAACAUGUCAAACGACCUAUGAACGCAUUCAUGGUGUGGUCAAGGGACGAAAGAAAACAGUUUGCACAGGAGAACCCAAAGAUGCACAACUCGGAGAUCUCAACAAAGCUCGGCGAAAAGUGGAAGCGGCUGACCGAGGAAGAGCGUGCGCCUUACGUGGAUAAGGCCAGAAGCAUCAGAACAGAACAUAUGAAGAAGUUUCCGGAUUACAAAUACAGGCCGAAGCGCAAACCAAAGACCAUCUCUGCCACUUCUCGUGUUCCCACCACAAAUCAUGAUGAUGAGAGUGGUCCGGAUAGUCCACCUGACUCCCUGAAUGGGAGAGGUUAUGACCACCGGCGGUACCCGUUCUCGCCAUAUCAAACCUCUCGCGGCUCCAGAGCACCAGCUGGUGGAGUGCCAGUUGGAACACUGACAAGAGCGAGUAGUGCUUUCAACUUUCCUACAGCAAUGUCCGCAAGCGGAUGGACGAGCAGUGGAACAUCUCUCUUCAGUUCUACAACACCUAUCGGACAGUAUAGUCAACUUCAACGCAGCUCCAUAUCUCUUCCUGAUUUGAACGCUGCCACCAUCGUACCAGCUGGUUCACUUCAGCCAGUACCAGUAAAUGUAUUUCCUCAGGCAAAUCCUCCCGCCCCCGGACGCCAGGUGGCCACCAUGGUAUCGACUACACAGGCAUUGAACGGCGGAAGCAGCAGUGCCACCAACCUGUACACCGCAGCACCGCAGUACCAAACGUUUAUCCUACCAAGUGCCGCUCCAGGACAGCCUCAAGCGGUAAUGGCAGCUGGAGCAGCGCCGCACUACGCCGUGAAAGUGGAGUCAGUGCAACAGCCGCAGCAUUCCUACCCAGGCCCAGCACCUGUUGUACUCACGUCGCUGCCGCCGCAGAUCCUACCCCCAACUCCUGGUGCCAUCCAUGCUAUCCAAGCGGCGACAGCGGCGACAGGGUCCCCUUCACUAAUGGCAGCACCCGCUAGUGCUGCCCAGUGCGCUGCACAAUAUACAACCCAGGCACCUGCAGCACGGGACCAUCAAGCUCCAGUUUAUUAUCCAGUACAACAUCCCACGCAUAAUGUUCAGAUCCAGUAAACAAAGAAAAACACACACGCAUACAUACAUUUUUUGACUGACAUUGCACUGGUGGUUUCAGGAUCAAAAUCGCAGUUCUUGUUGCCGUUUCUGUUGGUCCCGUCGUGAUAGUUUACAAUAAACUUAAAGGGGGCACACUACCCAAAAAUUCGCUGAAAACUCGAAUUUGUAAAUUCAUAUCGAGUGCUAUGUCAGUUGAAAGAGCAUGAAUAGCUGAAAAAUCACUGAAAGGUUUGUCUCGAUCUGACCAGCCGUUCAAGAGUUAUGGCCGAAAAUGUGCCCUUGCAAGGAAAGAUUUUUUUUGUUGCACGCUGUCAUUUGUUGUCAGCACUGUAUUUGAAUCUGAGCAGACCGUG